CCUGCUUCCCUAGUCCCUGGGGCUCUGUCAGUUCACUUUAGAGUGCAAAUCCAAGUUUGGUUUGGGGACAGAUUUGAGCCCUUGCAGAGUUUAGCGGAAGUCCUGAGGGUUUGUUGAUUUUUGACUAGGUGGGUGAGGCAAUCCAGUGCCCAGGGCACACUGUAAGGAGGAACUCAUUCCUGGGCUCAGAUGGGUUGCUUGAACAAAUGUGAGAGUGCCUCCUUAAAACAUUUUGUGACUUGGGUUCCACCCCAACCUGAUUGGUAGCACUCACUCAGCUUUGACUUCUUCACUCUCUUCUACUCUGGGUGGCAGGCCAGUAAUCUGCUAUGUUGCUGUGGUCUCUAGUCAGCACCCAUGUCUGGGGCCCUGGCUCUGUCCUCCUCAUUCUGGUCUUCCUGCUUAGACUAAGUGUGAGACUCUGGUAUAAGUGUCAUCUUUGGGACCUCCAGCAUUGCUGCACAGACCUGACGGGGAAGACAGCAGUGGUGACUGGGGCCACCAGUGGCAUAGGGAAGGCUGUGUCCCAGGAGCUGGCCCGCCGUGGGGCCCGUGUGAUCCUUGCCUGUCGGAACCGUGAGCGCGGACAGUGGGCCCUGGCUGAGAUCCAAGCAGCCUCAAAGGAUGCCUGCCUUCUGCUUGGAGAGGUGGACCUGAGCUCCAUGGCCUCCAUCCGGAGCUUUGCCCAGUGGCUCCUGCAGGAAUGUCCUGAAAUACAUCUAUUGGUUAACAAUGCUGCAGUCUGUGGACUCCCCAAGAAACUAACCCCAGAGGGCCUUGAUCUCACCUUUGCUACCAAUUAUGUUGGGCCCUUUCUGCUCACAAACCUACUGCAAGGGGCACUACAACGGGCAGGGUCAGCCCGGGUGGUAAAUGUGUCUUCCUUUAUGCACACAUCUGGAUACAUUGAUGAGGAACAUCUGACAGGGGCUGGCAGACCUUUGACCUUCAACCAGAACUAUUACUGCAGCAAACUGCUUUUGACCUCAUUCACUGGGGAGCUUGCCAGGAGACUUCAAGGGACAGGUGUGACUGUGAACUCUGUGCACCCAGGUGUUGUAUACACCAAGAUCAUGAACCAGUUUCCUUGGUCAUACCGUUUCCUCUUCUGGCUCUCCAGCUUCUUCAUUAAGGAUCCUCAACAAGGUGCAAACCCAAUCCUCUAUGUGAGUUUGGCAAAGGAACUGGAUGGCAUUUCUGGAAAAUAUUUUAGCAGCUCCUGUGUGAUAACUCUUCCCCAUAAAGCUGCUCAGGAUCCUCAUGUGGCCCAAAGCCUCUGGAAUGCCUCCGUCAAACUAACACACCUAAACAAGGCGGACUGAUCCUCAGUGACCCAGGUGAUGGAGGCCAUUUCUACUAAAAUUAUAGAUGCAAUUAUUAUUUGACCCAGUGUAUCCUACAGAUAUACUUGCUCACACAUGGAAUGUCAUAUGUACAAGGUGAUUCACUGCUGCACUGUUUGCACAACAAAAGGCUGAAAACAAAGUAUCCCACUAGAACAGGCUGGUUAAUAAAUUAAGUAUAUUCAUGCAAUAGGGUACUAUGCAGUUGAUAAGAGGAAAGAGGAAGAGCUCUAUUUGCUGAUCUAGAAAGAUCUCCAGGAUACAUUGUUAAGUACAGAAACUAAGGUGCAAGUGUAUAUAGUAUGCUACAUUUUGCAUAAGAAAUUGGAGGAAUAAGAUGAUAUAUUAUUCAUAUUUGUUUGCAUUUGCAUAAACCAUUGAGAGGAUAAGCAAGAAGUUAAUAACAAAGGUUACCUGCAGUGGGCAAGGGGGAGAAAGUAGACGGGAACAAGGAGAUAAAAGGAGGUUUCCCAGUGCAUUCUUUUUAUAUUGUUGUGUUUUAUGGAUUAUGCAAAUACAUUAAAUAUUCAGAAUAAUUAGAAAUAUUUAGAAGAUGAAAUGGUAAAAAAAAGCAGUAGUAGUGUAAAGUUUGCCCAAUUCAUCCUUUACCAUUUGCCCCCCACCUCCACCUGCCAUCAAGUGUAUGGACUUUUCAGGUUGUUUUUAAUCUGGGAUUAACGGAGAU